CAUAUAUAUAUUCCCACUGGCCAGGAAAGAACAAAGCCGCGGGCCAUUGUCACAGCCACACGUCUCUAUCGUUCGCAAUUCAGGGCCUCUCCGGUUCCCAUAUAUAACGUAUACUACAACUGUGUGUAUAUCUGUACGGAAUCGGCGAUGGCGGCCGAGGAGGAAAGCAGAGUGGUGGACGCGAAGGCCGCGGCGAGGUUGGUGAAGGGGCUGAGGGAGGCCUUUGGUGCGGGCAAGACUCGGAGCUACGAGUGGAGAGUGUCGCAGCUGAAGAGCAUCCUGAAGAUGAUGGAGGAUCGCGAGCAGGACAUCGCCGAGGCGCUUCGCUCCGACCUCGCCAAGCCCGAGCUCGAGUCCGUCGUCUACGAGGUAGCUAUGUUAAAGAACACAUGCACAAUGGUUAUUAAGAAACUGAAACAUUGGAUGAUGCCAGAAAAGGUUAAAACUUCAAUGACCUCUUUUCCUUCGUCAGCUGAAAUAGUGCCAGAGCCUUUAGGUGUCGUGUUGGUCAUUUCACCAUGGAAUUAUCCUUUCUUGUUGUCACUUGACCCAGUUGUUGGAGCUAUUGCGGCUGGUAAUGCAGUUGUUCUGAAACCAUCAGAAAUUGCUCCAGCCACAUCUGCUUUGCUUGCUAAAUUAAUCAGGGAAUAUAUGGAUAACUCUUUGAUAAGGGUUGUUGAGGGGGCUGUUGCCGAAACAUCUGCACUACUGGAGCAAAAGUGGGACAAAAUAUGUUAUACAGGCAAUGGAAGAGUUGGACGGAUUGUGAUGGCAGCCGCUGCAAAGCACCUGACACCAGUUCUUCUGGAGCUUGGAGGAAAAUCUCCAGUUGUUGUUGAUUCAGGCAUCAAUUUACAAGUUGCAACUAGAAGGAUAAUUGCGGGUAAGUGGGCAUGUAAUAAUGGACAAACCUGUGUUGCUGCGGAUUACAUUAUUACAACAAAAGAUUAUGCUCCGAAGUUGUUGGAUUCUCUGAAACAUGAACUGGAGAAAUUUUAUGGGAAGAAUCCACUGGAGUCAAAAGACUUAUCCCGUAUUGUGAACGCAAAUCAUUUUGCUCGCUUGACCAAGCUCUUGGAUGAGGAUAAGGUUUCUGGCAAGAUUGUCCAUGGAGGUGAAAGGGACAAACCAAACUUGAAGAUUGCUCCCACCAUCUUGCUGGAUGUCCCACGAGACUCUACGAUCAUGAAUGAGGAGAUCUUUGGUCCCUUGCUUCCCAUUAUCACGGUUGAAAAAGUGGAAGACAGUGUUGACAUCAUAAAUUCGGGAACAAAACCCCUUGCUGCAUAUUUAUUUACCAACAACAAGAAGCUCAAGGAGCAUUUUGUGAUGGCUGUCUCUGCGGGGGGCAUGGUCGUCAAUGACACCGUUAUACAUCUUGCGGUUGACAAUUUACCAUUUGGAGGAGUUCAGGAGAGUGGAAUGGGUGCGUAUCAUGGAAAAUUCUCUUUUGAUGCUUUUAGCCAUAAGAAGGCAGUUCUGUAUCGAGGUUUUGGGGGCGAUGUACCUGUGAGGUACCCACCAUACACAAAGGGGAAGCUAAGACUGAUGAAGGCUCUGAUAAGUGGUAGUAUACUUGGUGCAAUCUUUGCUCUGAUUGGAUGGUCGAAGGAUUAAAAGAUAAUUGAAUGUGACUGUGCUGGAUAUAAGUUACUUUGUUUCUUUUUUUAUUUUGAAGGUACUUUUUUUUUUUUUUUGUGAGUUAUUUUGAGGGUACUUAAUUUAAUUUAAAUUUGAACAAGAUUGAUGCAUUCUGCAAAUGAAAAUAAGAAAUACUGUGUCAUUCUUUUUA